AUGACGGUUCUCUUGCUCUUGGCAGUUUUGCUGCAAGAGCCGGUUUCAAGCACCUUGUUCGGAUCCAGGUUUUUGACAGGUGAGGUUGGAGGAUCAGUCACCCAUCAGUGCUUCUACUCCAUCACCCCAGCCAACAAACACGAUCGAAAAUACUGGUGCAAAAUAGCAGCAAGAGGAGUUUGCUACACCGUCAUUUCUACAACCGGCUACACCUCGCAGGACCACACGGGGCGAGUGUUCCUCAAGGACACCCCCCAGAAUGGCACCUUUGCAGUGACGAUGACAGAGCUGAAGAGCAAUGACACGGGUAUCUACCGAUGUGGCAUUGGCACCACCAACUGGGGCCUCUAUGUCAGCCUGAACCUGACAGUUUUGGCAGAUGCCGAUGCACCGCGGCCAGCUGAGCUCAUCUGGGGGCAGCUCCACGGCUCUGUCACAGUCCUGUGCCCACCUGGUGACACUCAAAGUGAUGAGAAGAGGUUCUGGUGCAAACUGGGGAGAACUGGCUGCACUCUCAUAGCUGACACCAACGGCUAUGUGGAAAGGAAUUACCAAGGACAAAUCUCCAUCACCCCACGGGAGAGCUCUGGAGCUUUCAAAGUCUUGAUAAGUGACUUAAAAAAAGAAGACUCAGGGCUCUACAUGUGUGGGACGGGAAGGUUUAGCAGUCGGGACAGCUUGCGGGUGGUGGCUCUGCAGGUGACCACAGCCUCCACCCUUCCCCAGCGACUGAAAUUUCUGAGCGGCACAGUCGGAGGCUCCGUGUCCUUCAAGUGCCACUAUGAUCCCAAGGGUAACUACGAGAAGAAGUACAUGUGCAGGUGGAAGGGAGCUGCCUGCUCGCUGCUUGUGGAUGUGGAUGGGUUUGUGCAUGAGUCCCACAAAGGGAGGAUGCAAAUAACCAGCAGUGAUCAGGAAAAUGGGACUUACACGGUGGUGAUGAGCCGUCUGAGAGGGGAGGAUGCAGGAUGGUACUGGUGCGGAGCUCAACACGGGCACACCGAGCACACAUCCUCUGUGAAGCUGCACAUCCAGAGGGCUAUUGGCAAAUCACUGAGGUGA